AUGUCACACAGACACUUCAAACUGUACACGUCGUUGGCAUCUGAUGCGACAAUAGCGUGCAAUAUGAGCCACUCCACAGACCAGCUUGCAUUUAACCAUACGGACGCACGGCACGAGGAAGAGAAUUUCUGGAAGCAUGGUACUCGACGGCAAAUUCGAUCAACCGGUGCAUCGAACUGGACCCAAUUUACGCACCCCUACGUGCAAAAGACCAACAACUCAACCGGAAAACUCAAGGAAGACCGAAUAUUGGAUUCACAAACAACGAAACAAGGAACUCCUUGGAGGCAAAUCAAUAAUGGUCACAACCCAGGACUGGAAGGGACAAAGGUCAAUCUAGCUUCGACCAGAUUACGACGGAGGGGAUGCCAAGCUCAAAGGUCACGUUGGCAUCGGCGAAUGGGGAUACAGGACAACGGAGCAACCAAUGGAAUCACCCGACCGAACAACUAA